GUGGAAAGGGGUGUACAUGGACAGGGUCUGAGGCUCUGAAUAAAACCUCUAAAAGAUUCUUUAGCUUCUUAAGAAAUGCAGCUUAAAAGGCAUCUAAUUUCCCCAAUCAAAGAAGAAAUAAAGCAGGCUGUACAGAGUAAAGUUCGAUUAUCAUGCUGUGUCUUAUUGGCGCGAGUUCUGUACUGUUGCUUAGUACUUAGAACCCGUAUCAAACUUCGACAUCAGCCAUGGAUAUAGAAGCACCAGAAGAAGCUAAGGAGCUACCGAAAAUCCAGCGUCUGGACGAGUCGGUCGUCAACCGAAUUGCAGCCGGAGAGGUAAUCCAACGCCCUGUCUCCGCCGUCAAAGAGCUGGUGGAGAAUAGUUUAGACGCCUCCUCCACUUCCAUAAGCGUCGUCGUCAAGGACGGUGGCCUUAAACUUAUUCAAGUCUCCGACGAUGGCCAUGGCAUUCGACAUGAAGACUUGCCCAUAUUGUGUGAGAGGCAUACGACGUCGAAGUUGUCGAAAUACGAGGAUUUGCAGUCAAUAAAGUCGAUGGGGUUUAGGGGGGAGGCGUUAGCGAGCAUGACAUAUGUGGGUCACGUGACCGUCACCACCAUUACCAAGGGCCAAUUGCAUGGAUACAGGGUGUCAUAUAGAGAUGGCAUGAUGGAGCAUGAACCCAAGGCAUGUGCUGCUGUCAAAGGAACCCAAAUAAUGGUUGAGAACCUGUUCUAUAACAUGAUUGCUAGGAGGAAGACACUACAAAAUUCUGCAGAUGAUUAUACGAAAAUUGUAGACGUGCUAAGCCGGUUUGCCAUUCAUCAUAUUGAUGUGAGCUUUUCUUGUAGAAAGCCUUUUCUUAGCUUGCUAUGUUAUCAGCAUGGAGCUGCUAGAGCAGAUGUUCACUCGGUCGCGACAUCAUCAAGACUUGAUGCUAUCAGAUCUGUUUAUGGUCUCUCGGUUGCUCGGAAUCUGAUAAAAAUUGAAGCUUCAGAUAAUGAUCCCUCUCGUUCAGUCUUUGAGAUGGAUGGCUUCAUCUCCAACUCAAAUUAUGUUGUAAAGAAAACAACAAUGGUGCUUUUUAUCAAUGAUAGAUUGGUUGAAUGCACUGCUUUAAAGAGAGCUCUGGAAAUUGUUUAUUCUGCAACCUUACCAAAAGCAUCAAAACCAUUCAUAUAUAUGUCAAUUAUAUUGCCACCCGAGCAUGUUGAUGUGAAUGUGCACCCAACAAAGAGAGAGGUAAGCCUUCUAAAUCAGGAAGUUAUUAUUGAGAAGAUACAGUCUCUGGUUGAAUCAAUGUUAAGAAACUCAAAUGAUUCGAGGACAUUUCAAGAACAGACAGUGGAAUCCUCUCCAUCUGUUCCCUCAAUUACAAACAAUGAGUCACACCUUAAUCCCUCACCCUCUGGAUCAAAAUCACAGAAAGUACCAGUGCACAAAAUGGUAAGAACAGAUUCAUCAGAUCCAGCUGGAAGGUUGCAUGCCUACUUGUAUAAGAAACCCCAGAACCACCUUGAAAUGAAUUCAAGCUUGACAGCUGUGAGGUCGUCAGUUAGACAAAGAAGGAACCUGAAGGAAACUGCAGAUCUUACUAGCGUUCAGGAGCUUAUCGAUGUUAUUGAUAGCAAAUGUCACUCUGGCCUGCUGGACAUUGUGAGACAAUGCACUUAUGUUGGAAUGGCAGAUGAUGUUUUUGCAUUGCUUCAGCAUAAUACUCAUCUAUAUCUUGCUAAUGUGGUGAACUUAAGCAAAGAACUUAUGUACCAGCAAGUUCUUCGUCGAUUUGCUCAUUUUAAUGCUAUUCAACUAAGCGAAUCAGCACCCCUGCAAGAGUUAAUUAUGUUGGCGCUGAAGGAGGAGGAGUUGGAUCUAGAAGGCAAUGAAAAUGAUGACCUCAAAAUGAAGAUUGCAGAAAUGAAUACACAGCUGCUUAAGCAAAAAGCUGAAAUGCUAGAGGAGUAUUUCUGCAUUUUUAUUGAUUCAGAUGGGAAUUUGUCUAGGCUUCCAAUACUACUUGACCAGUACACUCCAGACAUGGAUCGUGUUCCUGAAUUCUUACUAUGUUUGGGCAACGAUGUUGAUUGGGAAGAUGAAAAAAAUUGCUUCCAAUCACUUGCAGCUGCUCUUGGGAAUUUUUACGCCAUGCAUCCUCCUCUUUUGCCAAAUCCAUCAGGUGAAGGAUUGGAAUUUUAUAGAAAGAGAAAACAUGGGAAGAAUCCUCAAGAUGCAGGAAAGUCUUCUUGUGACAUUGGGGAUGAUAUUGAAAUAGAGGAUGAAUUUGAGCACGAACUACUUUCAGAAGCAGAGACUGUAUGGGGCCAGCGCGAUUGGUCAAUCCAACAUGUGUUGUUUCCAUCCAUGAGACUCUUUCUAAAGCCUCCAACGUCAAUGGCUGUUAAUGGAACCUUUGUCAGGGUUGCUUCACUGGAGAAGCUCUACAAGAUUUUUGAGCGAUGCUAAACGAUGAGAUUGCCUUCAGAUGAUGUCAGAAAAUUCACAGAUGAUGCUUAUUAUGUGAAGGUCUCCAUUUUGCAGUAAUUAUGAUAUAUAUCGUUCUUGAGGUUGAGAACUGGUAUGGGAAGUAUUGCAUGAAGGGCCAUGUGUAUAUGCUAUCUGUGAAAACCCCUGCCCAAACGCCAAAACUUAGGAGAAAAAUGCCCCUUUCCUUAUACCAAUUACCUUUUGCCAUGUUUAGCAAGAUUGCAUACUAGACUGAGACGUAAGCCACAGAGCAUAUGCUACCAUCCGAAAGCCAACUGUUUGUUUAUUAUCCUUGCGACACCUACUGUGGAAGCUAUAUCUUAAAGGUUCUAGCCUUGAGAAGCUUUUGUAUUUGAAUAACAAUUUUUCUGUCUAUGGCCCAAGUAAAUCGUAGAUGAGCAUUUGGUCGAAUA